UCGCGCGCAGGGCUAAAAUGGAGAGCCUUGCAACGUUGGCAGCUCAACGACCGAAUUGCCCGGUUUGCUCCAUACCGCCAUGGCCAUGCUCUCGAGUCCUCAUCGUUCUUCCCUGAGAAGAGACCCCUCCCUCCAAAAUCUCUCAGGGUCAGUUCUGCUUGCAGCUGCAGAAGCAAUGCCCCCCUCAACAACCGGCUUCUCUAUUAACGUGCAACGCUAACGCUACAUUAUGUGAUACUUACAGGUACCUCUCUCACACCUGUUUGUUGCGGUUGAUGUUGGGUUUCUUUCUCUCUCUUGUAAGGGCCCUUGGAGAUUGACGUUGAGAAGCACGGAGGGUUAUUGGUUUCGCACCAGCUGAUGAAAGUUCCAUUCGUCUGUGCAAAUACAGUAGAAAGCACAGCCAAACAACUCUAUAGGCUCAACACUUCGCUCGCGAAGCUAACUCGCUCCAACCUCUACACAGAAUGUCUCCAACUGUUUGUCCAAAUCCGUGAGAGUUGUUACUUGAAGCCGGACCACUACACUCUCUCCAGCACCAUCACUGCUUGUGCCAAUUCUCGCAACGCCGUGUUUGGCGAGCAGCUUCACGCUCACGCUAUUCGGGCCGGCUUCAAAGCUUACCCACACGUCGCCAACACCCUUCUUUUGCUCUAUGCGAAAGUGGAAGAUGUGGGUUCGGUGAAAAAGGUGUUUGGGGAAAUUGAGAACCCAGAUGUGUACUCAUGGACGACAGUGAUGUCGGCUUGUAUGAAGCUAGGGGAAGUUGACUAUGCCUGUGAGGCGUUUGAUGAAAUGCCUGACAGGAAUGUGGCAGUUUGGAAUGCCGUUAUUACUGGGUGUGCAGAUAGUGGGCAUGAAGAGAUUGCCUUUGCCAAGUUCAGGGAAAUGCAUGAGCUGGGUGUCAAGCAUGAUAAUUAUAGUUUCGCUUGUGUGCUGAGUUUGUGUUCUUUGGAGCUGCUUGAGUUCGGGAGGCAGGUGCAUUGUUUAGUUACUAAGACAGGAUUUCUGAUCAAGCCCUCAGUCAUAAAUUCCCUGCUUACAAUGUACUUCAACAGUGAAUGUGUUGGUGAUGCUUACAAAGUCUUUGAUGAUGCUGAAGUGCGUGAUGAAAUCACCAUUAAUGCAAUGAUAGAUGGUCUUGUGGGAAUAAGUAGAGAUGAGGAGGCUCUUUUGAUGUUCAGGGAAAUGCAAAGGUCUGGGCUUAGUCCUACUGAGCUCACCUAUGUAAGUCUCAUGAGUUCAUGUUCAUUCGAGAGAGGUGCUGCUCAACUACAUGUUCAAGCUAUCAAAAGAGGUCUUGAAUCUUGUACUGCAGUUAUUAAUGCUGCAAUUACCAUGUAUUCUCGCUGUGGCAUAUUGGAGGCAGCCAAGACGGUUUUUAAUAGAUUUGAUAAGAAGGAUCUUGUGUCUUGGAAUGCCAUGAUCUCCAGCUAUGCUCAAUUAAAUUUGGGUACAUCAGUGAUUUUGACCUUCCUACAAAUGCAAAGGCUUGGUUUUGAACCUGAUGAAUUUACCUUUGGAAGUUUGUUAACUAACUCCGAGUCAACAAAAAUAGUGGAGAUGAUUCAUGCCCUUUUAUACCAAAAGGGGCUCCUCUUGAAUAUUCAGGCUUCCAAUGCAUUAACAUUGGCAUAUUCUAAACAUGGAAAGAUGAUGCAUGCCUACCAAGUGUUUCGAGACAUAUCUUUGAAAAAUCUGAUCUCAUGGAAUACCCUGUUUUCUGGUUUGCUGUCAAAUGGUUUUCCAGUACAAGGCUUACGAUGCUUACCUGAGAUGUUUAUUUAUGAUCUUAAGCCAAAUGCAUAUACUCUCAGUAUUGCUCUGGCCAUGUGCGCUACCCUCUGUUCCUUGGGACAUGCAAAACAGAUUCAUUGCUACAUCAUCAGAAAUGCAUUUCUCUCAGAGGCUUCUUUGAGUAAUGGACUGAUUACAGUGUAUUCAAAAUGCGGAGUUCUGGACUCUUGCUUGAGAGUGUUUAAUAAGAUGCCUGAGAGAGACACGAUAUCAUGGAAUGCCCUUAUCUCUGCUUUUGCUCAGCAUGGGAAAGGGAAGGAAGCAGUGAAUUAUUUUGAGGCAAUGCGAAAUGAGUCCAAGUGUAAACCAGAUCUAGCCACUUUUACAGCAUUAUUAUCUGCUUGCAGUCAUUCUGGUCUGGUUAAUGAUGGUGCUCGCAUAUUUGACUUAAUGUUAAAUACGUUUGGCCUUAAACCUCAAGAGGACCAGUUCUCAUGUAUGCUUGACCUUCUUGGUCGAGCUGGAUAUCUCGAUGAGGCUGAAACAGUAAUAAAUAGUCAGCACUUUCAAGCAAAUUCUGGCUCAUUAUGGACAUUGUUCAGUGCUUGUGCAUCUCAUAACAAUUUAAGGCUUGGAAGAGUUGUUGCUGAGUUGAUUCUAAAAAACGAGCCAGACAAUCCGUCGGUUUACGUGCUUUUGUCAAAUAUAUAUGCAACUGCAGGUCAAUGGGAUGAGGCAGCAAAUGUGAGGAAGAUGUUGAAGAGCUAUGGGGUUACAAAGCAACGUGGUUGCAGCUGGAUCAGAUGUUAAUCCCUUUGAACAGUAGAUAUACAUUAUUCUGAUAUUGGAAACAUUAAAGACUUGAGAAACGGGACGUUAAGUGAGAGAUGAUCUGUUGCUAGAGCUGCAGCCUUUCAGAUACAUAUCAUCUGGUUGUUACACUAUUGACUGAAGAUCAAUUCUUUUCCACUACAGAAGAUAUUUCCGGUUAUUAGACGACAACAUUCGCUGCUGUGCACCCUACUAAUUUGCAACGCUGCUGCUAUGGAGUUGCCAGCACUGCCUGUCUUUCUUGAUAGUUCUGUAACAGCUUGGGGAGCUAUUCUUAUUUCAAUGACCUUGAUACUUUUGUUUGGCAAGGUAUGUUCUCAUUCUUGGUAGCUUAUUUUAUGUUUGCAUUAAUGAGCAUGAGCCUCAUCUAGGAAUGUGAUCUUUACUGCUCAUUAUAGUGAAACUUUGGUACGGUGCACCUUGAUAGGGAAUUACUAGAGUUUAUUCCUCAAAAGUAUGUAUCACUUACUUGUCACUUGUCACACUUGGAAAAUUCCUAUUAUGUUACUGAUCAUGGUGGGUUUUCUUUAGGUAUAGAUUCCAGUGUAGUAAAUAAAGUGAUUAAAAUUAUUCGGCUUUAAUAGAGAAGGUAGCGAAGGAUAGUGGAGCAGAAAUACUCGGUUCAACUUAAUAUACUCUGUGUUGUUAGUACUGUUGCAUUGGGCAGCUGGGAUUGGGCUUCCUUUAAUCUUAUUCGGUGUACGUUCAAAUUUGAAUGUACCUGUCACUCCGUCACAGAUUUUACCCAAGCACUGUAUUCUAGGUAUGGUCUGGCAAUUGGUGCAGAGUGGCAUUAGUACUCCAUGUUCUUGUCUUCAUCUGUUUUCAUGUUGCAUAUCCCAUAAGCAAGGUGAGAUUUUAUAUCACAAGAAUUAGCUAAAUCCACUAAUGCAGUUUUUAGGCUAACUGAGUGGGCUUUGAUGCAUCAGGCAGGAAAAAGUGGCGAAGAUACACGCAAUGAGAGAACUAUAAUCGCAGGAGCACUUGAACUCACUGAGGAGACUGCAAGAGUUGCGAUUAUUCCUAUAUCUGAAUUUUUUGCAUAGAUAUUAGUGCCAAACUUCACAGGUAGCAUGAACUUUUUUCAAUUAUACAAUAUAACAUGGCAUUUGUCUCACCUAUUUAGGGGAGGCAUUACUUGGUGUUAGUUGCAAUGGUCAGGGAUUUGCUUGAGUUGAUUUCGGAAAAACGGUCACAGAAGAAAUCCAUUAAAAUAUGAGUAACCAGGAAAUAAACUGGUUUUAUAUUGGUAAUUUCCCGUUAAUCUUGUGAUAAAUAUGAUGUGUACAGCACCACUUAGACAUGUCCUUUUAAAAUGGAUAUGUAACUGAACCCUGGAUUUCUCUUGUGUCACGUUAAACUAAUCAAUUUACACAGUCACUUGGUCGGCUACUCAUCCAAGCCACUGCUUCAACCGCACAGCUGAUGAACUUGCCCAUUGGACUCCCAGAGAGCCUUUUUUGUUCUUGAUGAUUUACUUCCUCCAAUUGCAUUGUUUAUUUCAAAAGGACAGCCUUGCAGCUAGCAUCAUUGUAUGAGUUCUGCUUCAGUUUACCUGCACUAUUAAAAGGAGCGGGGAAAUCAAUAGUCAGAUCAGUUAAAUGAUACUGACCUAUCUGCAAACUAUUCCCUAAUUGGCUCCAUAUUCGACUUGCAGGUGAAGACCUUACUAGCUAUUCAUUCGGGAGAUGAAGUGUUAGUGAAGAAUGUCACCAUCUGAGUUAUCCCAAGGCAAGGUUGAGGGCUUGGCUUGCAGUUGUAGUGGUGGAUGUGUUGCUAGAUGCUGAUGAAGUUUCUGUCCUGGGACAGCUGUGGUUGGAUCACCAGUAGGAAGCAUCACUUACUGCAGUAGAAGGUCACUAAUCACAAUAUGAAGAGCCUGGCUAUGCUGCCCUUCAUUUCGAGGCAAGUUGUUCGAAGAGUGAAUGCUGUUUAUUACUCGGCCGUGUUGAGUGCAAUGGCCAUGAGAGACACUGAAGAGCCAGUCGCAGUCCGUAUGGGCUGUGUCUUAUAUUAUCCAAAACAUCAGUUAAUCCAUGUCGAAUGGUUAACACUCGAUAGAGGUGUGUGGAUGUCUAUGGUGAGAGAUUGCUUCAAGUGGCUUGUAAGGUUGGGCUGGUUGGCUAUUCGUGUUAACUGUGUCCUUGUACUUCAGGUCAAUUUGAGUUAGCAACAGCUUUGACAUAAUUACUUUGACUAAACACUCGAAUGAUCGAUGUAACUAUGACAAGUGUGCUACAUGGUGCCAUUUAAGUUUUGUGUUCUUUUCUGUGUUUUCCUAGUGUUCCAAUCUCCGUAACAGGUUAUGUAACAUUUCCGUCUUAACCGAAGGUCGGAAUCAUGCCACAUCUCAUAUAUAGUACUAGCUAUUGAGUUGUAGGUUUU